GUAGAAAGCGAAGUACGAACAUAGGCGUACUUUUUUGCUGUGGGCGGAAGGUUAAGUACGAAAAACGUUACGAGUAUUUUUCUCAUGGGGGGUCUGACGGUGGGGGUGAGUAUGGAGCGGGGAGGGUUUAAACAGCAGAGGAGCGGAGGGUUCGAGCAGCGCAGAGCAGCGCAGAGCAGCGGGACGCGCGGCCGCUACGCACACAAGGUCCGCAAGAGCGAGUCUCCCCAGCCCUGCAGCGAUGGCUCACUUUUUCUGAAAAAAAAAAAAAAAAAAAAACUACUUUUCUCUCCUGCGUUUUGUGAGCAAACGGAGGACAUCAGCCCUUUCUUUCAGUCAGCCUUCUUCACACUGAGCCCAUCGGAACUCCAGCAUUUGCAUUGAAAGAAACUGGAAGUAUAACACUUAAACACAACAAGUUUCUCAUAGUUUUCGUUCCGAUUCUUGCAUAAUUAUAUAUUCUCACAGAACUGAACUGCACUGGAAUAUCAGCAACCACUGGAAUCACCUCAGACUCAGAGAAUGGAUGUACGUACGUACGAAAUGAAGAAAUAAUAAGCUAUUAUUAUUAACUUGGCGAAGGCGGAGUGCGUCACGACAACGGACAAGUUCUGCGCGGCACUUCCCCGCGCUGUCCGGUGGAAUUACUACAAGUGCGCGGAUCUUGCGGGGUUUUUUACGCCGCUUCUCGUCAGCCGGACUCCCGCCUUUUCUCCCUCCUGUCUCCGCGCGCUCUGUCCCUGCCUCCCUGCCUCCCUCCCUCUCUCCGUCCGUCCGUCCGUCCGCAUGGCACAGCCCGUGCUGCGCGCGCUCCUCUGGGGCUUCCUGGCGUGCUGCGGGGGCGCCUCGGGCUCCAGCUUCCCGCAGAGGUACAGCCUGUAUGCGGCGCAGGCUCAGUCCCCGGCGUCCGCGCCUCAGCACAGCGCCAGCAGCAGCAGGGCGGCGAGCCGUCACAGGAACUGGUGUGCCUAUGUGGUGACGCGGACAGUGAGCUGUGUCGUGGAGGAUGGAGUAGAAACCUACGUGAAGCCUGAUUACCAGCCCUGCUCCUGGGGCCAAAUACAGUGCUCUCGUGUCGUCACAUACCGCACCUACAUGAGACCCAAGUAUAAAGUAGCCUAUAAGAUGGUGACAGAAAUGGAGUGGAAGUGUUGCCAUGGAUACACUGGAGAUGACUGCAGUGAGGGGCCAAAUGGGGGGACAGUCACCCAGAUUUCCACAGCCAGACCGAGGCCCAACCCUUCCCAUCCAGGACAGAGUGGCACUGGUAGUGGCACUGGGCGACCUGGUGUACAAGGGAGAAGUGACAGUGAAAAGAUAAAGCAGCUUGAGGAGAAAAUCCAGAGUUUGACCAAAGACCUCAAUGAAUUGCGGGAAGAGAUGCGUAAACCUGGGUUAAACGGCAAGACACCUGCUGAUGCUGCCCAGCCAGAGAUGAGGGAGACCAUCAACAGUAUCAAGACUAAGCUGGACCAAUUGGACAACAUGACCCGGGCGCAUGACAAGACCUUGGUCAGCAUCAACAACCACCUGGUCAACGGCAAAGGCAGCAGCAAUGACUUUGACGAUGCAGGGAGUGUUGGCAACAGGUUAGGUACGCUGAAGGAUGAAAUCCUCAGAGAGCUUGAGCAAAGAGUCUCUCUGUCCUGCUCUGCCUGCCAGUCUGGGGUGGAGGACCUCAGGCGGCAGCAGCUGGAAGACCGUGAGCGGAUUCGCUCUCUAGAGAAGCUCAUCCACACCAAGGAUCAACAACAUCGCCAGAUACUUGACAGUAUACGUAAAGACCUGACGCGCUCCCAGGGCUGUUGUGACCUUGUGAGUGACCUCAAGGGGAGGCUUGUGGAUGUGGAUAAGAAGUUGAAUUCAUUGUAUGAAGUUUAUGACCGUUUGGACAGAGAGAAAACGGGGGCUAGCGAUGGUGUAGAAGAAACAGAGCAUAAUUUCAAAGGGCAACUGCACAAUCUUGAGACAAGACUUAACAACACAAUAGAGAAGAUGGAGGAGAAAUAUUCUUAUAUGGAAAAGGAUCUGAAAGACUAUUUCCAGAGAGAGGUCAGUAACUUGAAGAACACAUUUUAUGAUGGCUUAGAUGAUCAGGGCUUCAAAAUAUCAGUCCUUGAGGACAUUGAAAUGAUCAAGGAUACUAUUUCUGACCAUACUGACCGAUUGGCUCAACUGGAGAAUGUGACAUCCAGCACUGAGAAUCAGCUGAGCUCAGUUCUCAGUGCCUGUAUGGAAUCCUGUACCACUAAGCCAGGCCCAGAGGAAGGUGAAAAUACUGAAGAGACAGUCAAAACACUGCAGUGGAAGGUCAUCGCUAAUGAGGGAGCAAUCAGGAAGUUUAAUGACAGACUGAAGGACAUUUCUAUGUCAGGGGACUCUUUGAUGGACAGAGUAGUGGACCUUGGCCAUGAUGUUCGCAAGAUUAAGGCCCUGACUGGUGAAAAUGGUGAGCACUUUAAUAGGAUUGUCACAGUGGUGGAGAACAUAGGCAGAAAUAGAGAAGACUGCAAUAUCUGUAGAUCUCUGGAGAAGGAUCUUAAUGCACUGAGAAAUAGUACAAACAAAGGUUUUGACAGCUGGCAGACCAGUAUCAAUAAUCUGCUCAACAGAAUAGACUCUGGUGAAACUAGUUGCUCUCAGGUGUGCUCCAAUUUGCAGGAGGAGGUAGGUAAACUAAAGGAGGAGGUAGAGAAGUGUAGUGGGCACUGCAAGAUCACCUUAGAUGAACUUACUGGGAGAGAAGACCUUGAUCCAUUGAAGCCUCUUGACGGCCACAGCGUCAUAAGUAACACAUUCAAUGGUAACCUGAAAUCUCUCCAGGGAGAGUUGUCUGGAGUCAUCCUGGCAUUCAGCUCCAUCAACGACACGCUAAAGGGACUUGAGCACAGCGUCCAAAAGCAUGACAGUGUCAUCACCGACCUCAGCAACACCAAGGAUAAGAUCAUAACUGAAAUUGACAAAAUUCAACAAGAGUUCAGUGAGCACACUGAGGAUAGCAGAAUCCAUUUUGAGCUGGUGGAGAAAGAGAUGGGUGGCUGCAAGACGUCAAGGGAUGGCCUAGAGAAGAGGCUAUCCAAGAUGGAAAGUGUGUGUGGCCGACUGGACUCAUUUUCCGAUAGCCUGCAGAAAAUCAAAGAUGGCCUGAACAAGCAUGUAUCUGGUCUGUGGACUUGUAUCAAUGGGCUUAAUGCUACCAUCAUAUCCCAUAGUGACUUGAUUGACACCAUCCAGGACACGGAACUGAAUGGCAUCCACACCAAGAUCAAAAAACUUAAUUCUUCAUUGCUUCACAUCUUCAGCGAAUUCCAAAGUUUUUUGAGCCAAGACUUUACUGGGCCACCUGGCCCCCCAGGUGCCAAAGGAGACAGAGGUUUCCAGGGCCUUCCAGGGCCAAGGGGGCCACCAGGCAGGGAUGGGCCACCAGGCAGACAAGGACCGGAGGGUCCAAGGGGACUCCCUGGAUUGAAAGGCGAACAAGGUCUGCCUGGGGCUGAUGCCAACGUGCCACAAUUAUCCUUCUCAGCUGCCCUCACAAAUCCCCAGGUGAACUCCGGAACCAUCAUUUUUGACAAGGUCUUUGUCAACAAAGGUGGAUUCUAUAACCCGCAAACAGGAAUCUUCACUGCACCCCUGGAUGGACAUUACUUUUUCAGCGCUGUCCUAACAGGCCGCAAGAACGAGAAGAUUGAAGCGGUUUUGUCCAAACAAAACUAUGGCGUUGCUCGUGUUGACUCUGCCGGCUACCAGCCCGAGGGCCUGGAGAACAAGCCCAUGGCAGAGGCCAAGCCCACGCCUGGGUCCCUUGCCGUCUUCAAUAUCAUCUUGCCUCUGCAAGCAGAAGAGACAGUCUGUAUUGACUUGGUCAUGGGAAAACUGGCUCACUCUGUGGAACCACUCACUAUGUUCAGUGGGAUGCUUCUGUAUGAGGAUAUGUAAUGGGAUGCGCACAGGAGCUACCUUGAGCCAUACACACAGCCUUCAGGGCUGUCACACAGGACCUGAUGACUAAAUACGAAGAACCAAAACAGGAAACAAUCAUAAUAAAACAUCUUAAUAACUACAAAACAGAAGACAAUUAUAUUUAAAGCCACUGACAGACUUGCUGAUCUGCUUGAAUGACGGAUAUGAUGUUCUACCAUGGAACAGUGACAUUACCCAUGAUAUUCAGACCUGCCCCUUUCCUUGAAUAAGUACUCUAACAGAUGCUACUGCUGCCUUUUUUACUUUGCAUUGAUGUUUCCUAUUCCCUAUAGACAUAAAUUAUGAAUAAUCUCCCAUGCACCAAAGCUGGCUUUGAAGUCAUGUUUUCUUCAAGUUUACCUCACUUCAGGCUGUUCUUCAGGUGAACUGUAACACUCACUGGAGAUUAAUAUGGAAUAAAUUUCUGUGGGGGUUAAGGGAAUGAAGGAUGGAAAUUUUUCCAUGCAGCUGCUAAGGUGAACUUUCACUUAUUUUGGAAUAUGUGUUAUGAUUUCUGUAUGCCUUUGCAUUUCUGCAUCCCUCAACAUGGCCCCAGCAUACUUAUGCCAACACGAAGGAAAUGUAAAACUGAGCUAGAGACAUGCCGUACAGGCCACGGAGACGAGAGCUGUUGUUCUGUUAGUGAAAGACACUCAGAUACGGAUUCUGUGAUUCAACAGAGCGCUGUAGUUAAAAGCUGACACAUGUUCUAGGAAUAUAGACUUUCAUAAAAAUAAGAAUAGAACAGAAGAAUUAAUAUAUGGCAUACUGCAUAUUUGGGACGUAUGGGAAUGUGAUUUUAUUUUAAUGAAAACAAGACAUUGUAGAAACAGGAACUUCCAAUAAACUCAGUCCUUCACUUAAAACAAAUCCAGCUGAAACCAUUAAUUGAAAUGUUCAAAUCAAAUGAUUGAAUUAAUUUUCAAGAUUAAUGGCAGAAAAUAGCAUUUCUGACCAGUUGAUGUUUGCAUCAGUACAUGCCCCACUUUGACAAGGUGAUCCUUGUUCCCUGGUGGUCUCGGCCUUUUGGCAACGAAGAGCGAAAGGCUAUGACCUUAGGCGGUGACAGGCACUAGUACAAAAAGGUACUGGAGAGAAAAACAACUGCCUGCAAUGUUAUUGACAAAAGUUUGUGACAUUUACAUAUGAAAACAGAGGUGUGAAUUUGUUAGCUAGUGUACCAAAGCGCAAUGGAUUAGUUGUCUUUCAUUGUGAUUGCAAUGAUUUUCAAGUUGACCAUGUUAUAUAGAAUACCUGUCAAAAGUUUCAGUACACUUGCUGGAAUCAAGUCUUUUCUUAACUGACAACAUUUGUUGUCCAGGUCAUUAGUGGGUUGCCCUUCACUUUCCUUCUUUGUCGGAUAGUUCUUUCACAACUUUGAGGUGAACAUAUUUCUGAAGAAUGAAGGACUACCCAACUAGACAUAACCCUGAUGGAAUGGAUGCCUCUGAAGUACACUAUGAUAGCUGUGUUGGUUGACAUUUGGACUUGGUAAAAAUCGUCAACUGUUACCAGUAAAGCAACCCCACAGCAUGACACUGUCUCCUCCAUGCUGGCACAACUCAUGUGCUCAUCCUCUCUGUACCUUACAAGUACUGUACUGUUCGAUCCAAUGUUUCAGUUUUCACUGAGUAGCCAAUAAUAGUGACUUCCACUCCUCAAAUGCUCAGCUUCUGUGUUUACUGGUCCAAGCAAGAUUGUUGUAUUCAAACUUUAGACUGUAUUGUAUGUAACUACACAUUAACUAAAUUGGAGAAAUAUAUUUUUGUAAUUGUACAUUUUAUCUUUCCUAAAAUCUUGAGCUACCCAGCAUCAAUGAGAAAAUGAAAAGCAUAUGUUCCUGUUCAGCAUGCAACCCAAAGUAUCUGUAUAAUUUUUGUAUAGUUCUUUUUCUGCACCUAGUGG